UGUAGCUCUGUUAUUUACAAAAGCGACUCCAGGCAAAAAUGUGUGCCGACCGGUCUUUGGCGGUGCUGGUGGAAACAACCAGAGGAAAAUAAUUGCCUUUCAUGUUCUUAUAUCCUGUGUUUCUAGGGGAGCCCUGGCUUGAGUGUUCUUGCUGUGCCUUAUCAAACUGUGGAUCAUGACGGAGCGAAGGAGAGCCUUAACUCUUCCAUUUAAUGUUGACAAGGAGAAGUUGAUGGAAAACCCUCUCAGAAUCCCCAUGACAUGUCUUUCAUCAGACUGUGGAAGGUUUGAAAGACAGGUUCCCUGGACUACAAUUGCAGGUUGUAAACUCAGACACAGUUCACAAAAAAAUGUGUCCAUGCUGUUUGAGCACAACCACUCAGUCAUGUGUGGAAUGGCCAGCAGGAAGCCCUGUUUGAUCUUGACAGAUGUCCUCAAGACAGAACCAGGGAAAGUGUACAUGGAAAGGAUAAAACAAAAUUCCUCCUUGGGAAAUGGAGAACAAGUGGCAAGUACGCGAGAGGACAGCGGCCGGUGCAGAGAGGAAUCCCCGAUCCGCAGAGAAACCAGAUCUGCUCAGAGAGAAACUAGGAAUGACAAGAACAAGACCGUGACACCAAAAGGCAACCAGAAGACCAUCUCCUUAUCUGCUAAAAGGUCAAGAAUCAGGAGGAGGUUACAGACUGCUGACAACGACGAAGACGCAGAAGAAAGUAAAGAUAUAGAUGAGGUGAUAAUCGGCAAAGACAACGGAGAAGACUAUAAAUUUGCUGAAGUUGUAGACUGUGGGUUGUCAGUGAGCUGGGACCCUGCUGAAGAUAAUGGAAGUUGUGAUGAGUUUUCCCCAAAUAGAAUCAAGGACAGGUGGACGGAUCCGGCAAAUGAGGUCCAACAAAACUUGAAGAGGAAAAGAAGGGAUACAGGCUCUCAGUGUAACGGAACAGGCAGUCCCAAACGCCAUCGUGAAAGUGUGCUUCGCCUCACUGGGGAAGACGGAAGAGAGGGAGGACCGGCCCAGUCACGUAUUUGUUUUGAAGAAAGUGGAGAAGACUUGGACUCGGAAACCCUGGACCGUAGCAUUGUACAGUUCACAGUGGGAGCAGAUGAGAGAACAGAUGUUCUACUCCCAAUCAUCAAUCCUAAUUUGGAGGUCAGGGACUUUAUUGGAACCCCCAGACGCAGUCUAUCGUCCAGCCAGGACGACACAACCAAGACCAGUCCCUCUGAACCUAUUGUGCUGUCCAGUGAUGAUGAAGAGAAUAGUGAUGUUUCUCGACGCUGUAGGCCAGCGGCCCAAACACUGGCCAGUUUGGAAGGCACAGUUAUACAGGAAUCUGUGGCCAAACAGCAAGAGGAUUCUGACAUGCAGGAUAUGCAGCUGCUGCAUGUUGUUUUAGAAGAUCUUCCUGAUUCUGUGCCGAUCUCUCACAUCCCCACUGAAGACAACUCUGUCAUGAGUGUAGCCUUUUCCUCACUGCACUGUGGAGGUUACCGAGGGAAUGCAAAUGGAGACAUCAUGAUCGCAGACCAAAAAAUCAUCAUCCCAUUAACAGACACUAGUGAACAGGUGGAAGUGAUGUUAGCUUUGGAGCGUGAAGAGCUGAGGAGGUACAGUGUUUGGGAGCAGGAGGAACUGGAGGACCGGGGGCUUCACUGUGAGGACGAGGAGCUGCCUCCUGCUGUUCUUUUGUUUUGUGUGUCAGAAACUGCUGCAGCUGCUAUACAGUGGGACCUCCGUAAGCUGUGUGUCCAACAGGAUGGAACCACAGACACUGGCAAAGCCAGCCCCUUCAUCCUGCUGACUCUGAGAGAUCCUCUGAAGGGAAUGGAAGGAGCUCUAUUUCGCUCCCUCUUGGACAUCGAUUGUCUCAAAAAUCUGGGACAUGAAAAAUUCAAUUCAUUUAUAAUACACGAUAUAGAUGGAGCCAGUGAUUUGGAGGACAUCCAUUCUCCUACUCUCUCUCUGGAUGAUAGCUUGGAGCUUAUUAGAAGAACUGGAUUAGACCCCCACUUGUUGUCCCUGUUUGGUCUGGAGAGCACUGACCCUGAAACUAACACAGACCAGGACAGUGCAUAUUCUGACAGAGACAGCACUGCGUCACCACACAUUGAACUGGAGGUUGAGUCACAGAAAGAGACAGAACUAGAGCUGGAGACAGCACCAGAGGAUGACCCAGGGAUGCAACCGAAACCAGAUGAACCAGAUGAGGAUCAAAAAGAACAAGAACUCGAACAUCCCCCUGAGAAGAGCAGAAAAGAACCCACUCCUGAAUACACACUGUGCCAUCGUAGAACCAAAGGAUCAUACUCUGUGUCCCUGUGCAAAGCAGACUCCAGCUGGACUAAAUAUAAACAUCAGGGGCUGGCCCGCAGGUUGAUCCAGUUUCCUCCCCCACCACUAAAAGGAGGAAUCACUGUUACAAUGGAGGACCUGCAGUGCCUUGACAAUGGACAGUUCCUCAAUGAUGUUAUUAUAGAUUUUUACCUCAAAUACCUCCUCCAGAAUGCCUCUGAUGCUGUGGUCGAGCGCUCUCACAUCUUCAGCAGCUUUUUCUACAAGCAGCUGACACGAAGGGACAAUGCCAGUGAAGGUGGCACCAGUGACUCCUGUCAGAGGCAGAGGCGGCAUCAACGGGUGAAGACGUGGACGCGUCACGUGGACAUCUUCAAGAAGGACUUCCUAUUUGUGCCUGUCAAUCAGGAGGCUCAUUGGUAUUUAGUUGUCAUUUGCUUUCCUGGACUGGAAGAACCAACAUUUGAAGACUGGACUGGCCCAGACUCGACAGGAAACAGUCACAGCGGGACAGACAAGUUACAGGAUCAAGAGGAGGCUCAAGGAUCAAAAAGCUUAAAUGAUAAAACGGAGACUACAUCAAACCGUAAUGACAACCUGGACACAAAGACAGAAAAUUCCCAAGAAGAUACCACCAAAGAAACUCUGCCUGGUCCAGUGAGCAUCACAGAGCAAACAUACAAGAAGAACACUGUUUGCAAGAGGCCAUGUAUUCUUAUAAUGGAUUCCCUCAGACUUUCUCUUCAUGAACGAGUCUUCAAACUCGUGCGCGAGUACUUGCAGUCAGAAUGGGAGGCCCGUCGUGGAUCAUCAAGGGAUUUUGGUCCUGAUCAGAUGAAAAGCUCUUAUUGCAAAGUUCCCCUUCAGGACAAUAGCAGUGACUGUGGACUCUACCUGCUGCAAUAUGUUGAGAGUUUUUUGAAGGACCCUGUGGUGCACUUUGACCUUCCUUUACACCUAGAGCAUUGGUUUCCACGGCAGCAGGUGCGGAGAAAACGAGACCAAAUCAGAGAUCUGGUACUUAACCUUUAUCGACAUCAGAAUCUGGACAAUAACAGAUAGACACACCUCUGCUGUUCAGUGUAUCACAUUCCUGUACCCAUUAUUAAACACUGCUCAUACUGAGCGAUGGACACUUCAACAUGAACUGAAAGUAUUUCAGUGGAUUGUUAUCGUUUAAUGCAUUGAACAAAACAUGUAUACCUUUGACUAUGUGUGGGUCUUGUGAGUGAAUAUGGAGACAUCAGUUAAUUCAAAGUCAACAACUGUCCGUCACACCAGAAAGAGUUUGAAAGUAGAUUAUAUGUAAACAUCCAAAUGUUUGUACACCCCGUGACUUUUUACUGAUUGUUUAUAAUGCCGCAAGUUAUUUUAUAAAAGGAAGUAUUUGUAUUUUCUACAUAGAAUCGUGAGAAAUUGUGAGCAAGUCUAACAAUUGUAAAACAUAGUUUGUACAGUGAAACUGUAAACACAUAAAUUGUUUCAGUUGGGUUUAUUUGCUUUGCUGCCAUUUUUUUAGACCUUUCCUGUCAUGUGUGAUGGGUUUCUAAUCAACAUAGCUUUGAUUCUGACUUCUUUAGUGGCUGAGAUUUAUGUAAGACGUUAAUUCCUAGACUUAGUGUGAAAUGUGUGGGAGUUUCCUAGCUAAAUUUCCUUCAUUUAAUUUAAAAUGUUAUGCCAUUGAAGCCUCAGGAACUGGAAUUUGUCCCAGUAUUAAAGAGCCACCCCAUCAUUUGCUCCCUUGCUGGAUGCAUGGAACAAGAAAAUUAGUUUUUAGUCACUCAGUUAUGCUGUUAGCCUCUCAUUGCCAGAUAGGAGACAUGGCAGUGUCUACAGAUAACGAUUAACUAUGAACUGAACUGUUGAACCUGCAUGUGUCUGUGACACUGUGUGUCUCUCUUUGUAUCAAUCUGAACUAGACCCUUAAAUCAUAUCGGAAUACAGAGAUGGUACCAGCUAUCAGCUUUACCUCCAAAUGAACUAAAAUUAGAGCAAAUCUAAAUGUUAAUUAAUCAAUGCAUCCAACUUCAUAUUGUCAGUUUGUAUACAUAUCUUUCUAAUGAGUGUUUAGGAUACUGUUACUGAGUGUUUGUUGAUACUGUGCAAGCACUGAAGCUCGUUAUUUGACCAAAUUUGGCGUUGCUGAGCUGUGUAAGGAUAGGAAAGUAAAAAACUUCAUGCAGUUCAGUUGCUGUGUUUUGUGUUUUACGUGAACCACUUUGUUUUUCCACCAACAAUUUAGAUUACUUGUGUUCAUCCUGUAAGAAGUCUGACUCAUUAAUUAAAUCUUUUAAUGAGAAUACAACUUGCAGAAGGUUCAGGGGUGCACAUUCAUUGGCGUGUGUAACAGUAUAAUCUCAAAGGUAAAACCUACUAGACCCACAAAGGACAUUGCAGUGCAUCACUACUGUUGCCUAAAUUCUUCUUGGCAGAGAUCAGUCUUGAUAGUCUUCUAGUUUUCUCCCUUUUUGUUCCGAUAUUUCUUUUAACACUUCAUGACAUCCUUGAUGCCAUGUCUUUUUAGAUAUUGUUUUGGAUGAAUGUACAGGAGCUGAUUCCAAAAUAUCUUUUGUUUUAAUAGCUUAUUAAAACUUAUAGACCAAAUGAAUGUUGUUAUUCUGUUGUUUUUCCAUCUGGAACCAUAAACCUAGAUAUAGUUGUACCGAACAAGCCUAGCGUGUCCUCGAUGACGUACUACAUGACUUCUGACCUCUUGUCCUACUUGGACCUUAUAUUUCAUAACAAGACGAGGAUUAUAGGUUAGUAACUACAACAUAGACUAAGUGCUAGUGUUGUGUAACAAUUGACUAAUUUCUGUUUACGUAGCCAAGUGUUUCUUGACUUUGCACACACACAUAUGUCAAUAACCUUUUAUAAUUAUUUUCUCAUGACCAAAGUAGCCAACUUUCUUCCUCAU